CUGCUUUGACGCCGUUGAUUGGAAGAAAAUCUGGCUAAUCAAAGAAGCCCAAGCGACCGGAAGGCGGGAUUUCACCCUGUCUAGCGAAUGUGCGAGGAGAGUCAAGCGUUUGAUUGACACGGGUUUAACUGUUGACGUCCUGGUGUAGAGGGUCAGCCAUGACAUUGCAGCCCUUCUCCUUCCCUUUCCCUGAAACUCGAUUCUUUAAAGCUGGUAGUUUCAUCUACAAGUUCAAGGUCAGAGGAGGCAGCAGCUACAGUGGAGAGGAGGUGAUGGGAGGAAAUAGCUUCAAUCAGGAAAUGGAGGACAUCAUCAGAACUGUUCUGGGCAACCUGGACAGUCUCCAGCCCUUCUCUAGUGCCCACUUCAACAUCUUCCCUUAUAAGAAGCGGUGGGAGGGAUUAUCUAAGGUGAUGUGCAAACACUGCAAGAAGAAGCUGAGAGCCUACCCUUUUAUUCUCGUUCUCUACCUGGAGAAAAACACACAGAACGGAAAACAAGCAAAGGAGAAGCUGAGUCCAGAGAAAGAGAUAGUGCAGCACUUGUCUGUUGCUGAGCCCCAGUUCAAGCGCUGUAGGAGAGAUUCACCACUAGAGGAGGCCAUACUAAAGGACUUAAUCAAGGACAUGGAGGCUGACAGUAACAUUUCUAUGGUGGGGCUGUGCAAGGACAAUGCACAUGCAGAGGGAGAGGUCAAAGACGAUCCAGGACAUGCUGACAAGAAAGGGACCAAGGGAUCUGACGACCCCCAGCUGAAAUCAGGUGCCAACACAGGAAGUGGGACUGAAGGUGAAGUGCAGCCUGGGACAGUACAGGACACGGGAGAGGAGGAGGAGGAGGGAGAAAAUGCAGACUCAGUCUCUGGGACACCUGUGAGGUCAGGUGUUCUGACUCGACUGGCCAGGUUAGCAUGGCGGCACAGUGGGCAGCAAGCAGCUAUACUGGUCUUCAUCCUGAGUUGCUAGGUUUAGAGCAACCACAGCACCAGCAAAUACUAUUUCACUUGCUUGCUACAGACAAAAGCAGAAAAUUUGACGUAAACAGCAGAUAAGUAAAUCUGCACACAGCAGGGGGAAGAGCCUGUGGAGGUGAUGUCACCUCCUCAUCUGUAGAUUUGAUUGACUUUUACACCCACAGGAGAAACAAGAGCUGAUUAGUACUGCAGAUCAGCAAGAAAAAAGUUGUCAAAGAUUAAAUGGAUUGGGGAAAUCCAGCUAAUAUGUGCACAGAAAUUACAAUAUUCCUGUGAGAUGUCUGUUCAGACAAGCUGAGACACCUGAUGUCCUCAGGCAAACAAAGACUGACAAAAGUAACUCCACACUGAAGGGACAUGUCAAACAAUCUUACAAAUGUAGUCUUUUUAUGAUAAUAAUGAUAUACAGUAGCACUUUUAUGGAAUAAGACCAAGGAGCACAGAGCUGCAGUAAUCAUAAGCACUUUGUUGACUGCAACAGACUUUUACAGUCUCUCUCUGUGUCUC